UUCCCACCUUCCCUAGAAUAUUCUGAUUGCAUAAAUUCCUGGUUUGAAUUAAUCCAUUUAUUAAUUUCUCAGUUCGAAGGAGAAAAAAGGGCAAGAGCAGGGAUCAUCGUUCGUCUCGUCGACACACAAAUGGAGGGUCUUCUUCCUUUGGUUUACAGAGCAGUGAAGAAAAGCCGAACUCGCCGGGAAUACCAGCGUCUCCGAUCAGUAUCUUCUCCUCUCAUAAACAUGGCCGAGAUCUAUCCCCGCGGUUCUGAAAGCCAUUUGUAUCAGUUUCAGAGGCCUGAUUCAACCCAGACGGUGAGUGAACUUUACUCAGCCAGCAAUAAUCAUCCUCAUCACCGGCGGCAUAAUUCCGUCGGAGAUUUCACUUCCGGGGGCCGGUUCUCGUCUUCUCAGCGGCAUGCAACCAGUGCUGCUCCAAAGCCUCUCGUCCGGUUUAGCAGCCACAGACGGAUGUUCUCAUGUAUCACGGCGUAGUGUAAGGUCCUUGCUGCUGAUCUGUGAGACUGUGAUUGUGUGCUUUCAAGUAAUUAAUUUCACUGGAGAAUAUUUGUAAGUGUAUUCUUCCAUGAUGGUGUUUGUAUAAUUGCUCAAGUGUAGAUGUAUAUUAAUCUCCUAUGUUUCUAUUAAAAUAAAGCAAAAUUUGUCUGAGUGAUAUAAUGAUCAUGAAGAAACAGAUCAUCUUCAAUUGUCUUA